AUGGCAUCUACACCUAAUCCGUCCCUGCGGAGGACGCGUGGUCUUCCACGUCGAGACUAUAAUGCUCUACACAAUGGCCUGGUUUCGUCACCUUCGGAGCAGUCUGAGGAAUCUAUCUGUGAAACAGGACGCCCUUACUCUCCUGAGCCCUCCCCAUCUAGGAACACCGAAGACACGCCUCAGACGAAGCAGACUUAUUCUUUGCCUAGCUCUUCGCCCUCCCCACUUGAUCCUGCCUUUUCGGAAAGCAGGAGCAAUACGAGUAGUCCGCACCCGUAUAAAAGACGAAAAACCAAGUCGUACUCUAGUUGGACCAUUGAGCACUUUUGGACCACAGAUCUGGAUAGCACUUGGUGUCGGCAGGGUGGCCCACUGAAAAAAGACCGACUACUGAUUUGCAAACAUUGCAGCUGGUCCUCCAGAGAUUCGGCGCGCUAUGGUUCCACUUCGAAUUUGUUGGUGCAUCUCCAGACCAAGCAUCGUAUCAAGUCUGGGGCCGACUCCAUCUUCUUACCCACGGCCGCAGGAAGCCUCGACCGGUUCUUGGAGUCGCCGAGAAAGAAGGCUGGCGUUGAAGAAAUGCUAGUCCGAUGGGUCAUUCAAACUAGACAGCCUUUCACAGUGGUGGAGCAUCCGGCUUUCAAGGCACUUAUUGAAGCAACGGGGGCUUCUUUGCCCAUCAAGACUGCUGAUACUCUUUUUAACCGAAUCAAGGAGGAAUUCCAUUCAAGUAGGGCUUACGUGAAAGAGGAGCUUGCUAGGAGCAGCCGCACACUCGCUUUGUCUCUCGACGUUUGGACGUCGGAAAAUCAGAUUGCGAUAAUGGGUAUCAUUGGUCAUUGGAUCACCCCCGAUUUUGAAAAGCGAGAUGACCUUCUCGAGUUCACCGAGAUCAAUGGACCGCAUUCUGGAGAGAAUCUAGCGGAAGUUGUGUUGAAGAUGCUCGCCGAACUGGACAUCGCGCCAAAGCUCCUGACCAUCACAGGGGACAAUGCAGGCAAUAACGGGACGCUUUGCGAUAGCCUGCAUGACCAGCUCCUUAAGAAGUAUGAUAAUGACGAUGACCGCUUUCGCAUUAGGCCUCUAAUGCGAUUCCGCGGACGACAGAGUUUCAUUCCUUGCCUUGCCCAUAUCCUCAAUCUGAUUUGCAAAGAUGUGUUAGCUUCUUUAAGGGCUGGUUCGGCUCGAGAAGCAAAGGCGAUACUGGACGACAUGGCCAUUCAUACUAGCCCAGCAUUCAACUCCCUUCACAGCAUGAAAGGAGCAAUCAUGAAAAUACGACUUCUGACGCUGUGGAUCGCCCGUAGCCCACAGCGCCGCCAAGAUUGGAAAGAAGUAUCACCUGGAAAACAAGUCAGUUAUGAUGUUGACACCCGAUGGAACUCGACGUAUAUCAUGAUUCAAGAUGCCCUUCGGCUACAAACUGAGCUGGGACAGUUUGUGCGGAUACAUCCAGAAGUUCAGGCCCUCCAGCUUGCCGACGACGAAUGGUCGACACUUCAGCAAGUAGCCAAGAUCCUCAAGCCGUUCUGGGACCACACAAACUCCGUUUCAAAGGCAUGCCCAACAAUUGUGGAAAGUCUACCGAUUUACUGGAGUUUGGACGAUUUGUUAAAUGACGUUCGAAAUGCGGAGGGAGAUUUUGAAGACGUGAACAUUGAAAUUCGCGAUGCGGUGGAAAGAGGCAUUCGGAAGAUGAACAAGUUUGCUAGAAAAAUGGACGACAACCUUCUCUACUAUGUGGCUUCCGUGUUGGAUCCGCGCAUCAAAUCGUCUUUGAUUGUGUCUCAAAUGAGCGAGCAAGAUUCGGGGCUUAUCGUCUCGCAAGUGCGGGAAUUUCUUAAGAAAGAAUACCCUCCAGAGCCAUUUGUGUCGUGUGAAGUUGACCAUCCACGUCCAGCGGGGAUGUCGGAAACAAUGUGGAGAACUCUGCGCAAAGUCCAGCCAUCCAAAGAGGCAUCUUUGUCGGAUAUUGAUAAGUACUUGGAUUCCCCGCCGGUCAACUGGUCCCACCACAUGAUCGGCGAUGCGGACGCACAAUGGGUCCUAAAGUGGUGGAAGGCUAACGCGUUUAAUUUUCCACUCAUGGCAAAAGCCGCUCGCGAUUAUCUACCCAUCCCUUCGGCAGAGGUCGGGAUUGAACGCGAGUUCAGCAAUGCUCGAGAUGUCUUGGGCCUCCGAAGGCACCGUCUGAACGCGGAGACUAUGCGAUGGCUGAUGCUAUUGAGAGGAAAGUCUCAGACUUAA